AAGUCUCCGCCGCAGAGUCGCCGAGUCCGGCUUUUGUGUGCGGGCUGCAGGUCACUGGCUUCCUGUUGGCUCCCUUUUGCCUGGUUCUUCUAGGUCUCUUUCCAGCCCUCGCGCACCCGUUUCCUAGUUUCAUCUUCCUCGCCCUUUUCCUCCCUCCUUCCUUUGCAGCUCAUCAUGCAGAAAAAAGACGUCUCCCCAUACGGUUUCCUGCCAAACUUCCAGCAUUUCGCCACGCAGGCCAUCCAUGUGGGCCAGGAACCAGAGCAAUGGAGCUCUCGGGCUGUAGUGGCCCCCAUCUCCAUGUCCACCACGUUCAAGCAGGGGGCUCCUGGCAAGCACUCGGGUUUUGAAUAUAGCCGUUCUGGAAACCCCACCAGGAAUUGCUUGGAAAAAGCAGUGGCAGCAUUGGAUGGGGCUAAGUACAGUUUGGCCUUUGCUUCAGGUUUAGCAGCCACUAUGACUAUUACCCAUCUCUUAAAAUCAGGAGACCAAAUUAUAUGUAUGGAUGAUGUAUAUGGAGGUACAAACAGGUACUUCAGGCGGGUUGCAUCUGAAUUUGGAUUAAAGAUUUCUUUUGUUGAUUGUUCCAAAACUAAAUUACUAGAGGAGGCCAUUACACCAGAAACCAAGCUUGUUUGGAUUGAAACCCCCACAAACCCUAGCUUGAAGAUGAUUGACAUUGAAGCCUGUGCACAUACUGUCCAUAAACAUGGAGACAUUAUUUUGGUCGUGGAUAACACUUUUAUGUCGGCAUAUUUCCAGCGACCUUUGGCUCUGGGAGCUGAUAUUUGUAUGUAUUCAGCAACAAAAUAUAUGAAUGGCCACAGCGAUGUUGUAAUGGGCUUAGUGUCUGUUAAUUCUGAGAGCCUCCAUGAAAAGCUCCGAUUCCUGCAGAAUUCAAUUGGGGCAGUCCCCUCUCCUUUUGACUGUUACCUCUGCAACCGAGGUCUGAAGACACUACAAGUCCGAAUGCAGAAGCAUUUUGAAAAUGGAAUGGCAGUUGCUCAGUUUCUGGAGUCACAUCCUCUGGUGGAAAAGGUUAUUUAUCCUGGGCUGCCCUCUCAUCCUCAGCAUGAGCUGGCAAAGCGUCAGUGCACAGGUUGCCCGGGGAUGAUCACCUUUUAUAUUAAGGGCGCUCUUCAGCACGCUGAGGCUUUCCUCAAGAGCCUAAAGUUAUUUACUCUGGCUGAGAGCUUGGGAGGAUAUGAGAGUCUUGCUGAGCUUCCAGCAAUUAUGACCCAUGCAUCAGUGCCUGAGAGUCACAGAAAGGCCCUUGGAAUUAGUGACACACUGAUUCGACUCUCUGUGGGCUUAGAGGAUAAAGAAGACCUACUGGAAGAUUUAGAUCAAGCUUUGAAGAAAGCACACCGUCCAAAUGCAUAUUGAACCUAGCAUACCAGAACUGCUAUUAGAAGUUGCUUCCUGAGAGAUCAAAUAUUCUGAAUAAUCGAAUGGACCAUUAUGAACUUUUAUAGAUUUUCAAGUGAAAAUUUUAAGGCACCUCAUUACCUUUCACACAACUGUAAUCUUCCAGGGAUCAUCCCUGUUUUCCACAGUUUCCUCUUUCCCUUAUUGUCAUUGACAGGUCAAUUCUGUUAAUACCUUUUUGUUAAUUUUGGCAUAUAUUUGCCUUUGAAGGAGGUGAAAUUUGUGUUGCUUUUUGGGAUUAUUCUCUUUUUUUCAUAGCUUAAGAAUUAUAUUGAUCAUGUUUACAAUAUAGUGAUAAUUCACUUUUGAUGUUUUCUGAAGAACUUAAAUUAUUAAAUGAACGUUUUUAAAUCAAGUGUGAUUUUUCAUAUCGUUGAAAACAGCACUUAAAGCAAUGGUUUACACUUAAUUACCAUAAGCCAAAUAUCACAUGCCUGUAAAGUCUACUGUGAAAUUCUACUGAUUUAAGAUGGUGUUUACUAUUUAAAAAAAAUAAAUCUAAUUAUCAAAUCCA